AUGAGGUUGAAGGUAGUUGCUGAAACAGGAGACAUCAAUGCCUUUUAUUCUUUGUUUCGACAAUGUAAAGAUAUCAAUGCCUUGUAUUCAUCUCAAAAGUCCUCACAGUCAGACCACGACGACAAACAAUUUCGACUUGCUGAUACUCCUCUACACGUAGCUGCAUCAAUGGGGCAUACGCAUUUCGCAGUUGAAAUGAUUAGGUUGAUGCCAUCAUUUGGUAGAAAGCUAAAUCCAGAUGGCUUCAGCCCUUUGCAUCUAGCACUGCGAAAUGGGCAUGCCGAGACAGUGAUAAGGCUCAUAAAUAUUGACAGCGACCUCAUCCGUGUCCAAGGCAAGGAGGGAAUCACUCCUUUACAUUACGUAGCCGAAAAAAACGAUUUCAGUCUUUUGGCUGAAUUUCUAUGCGCUUGUCCAGCAUCCGUUCAAGAUUUGAAUGUCCGAGGCGAGACCGCCGUGUUGCGGUCAGAAACCGCAGUUGUGAAAAUGUUGCUCAACAUUGUGGGUAGAGAAGUAAAUGAGAAGAAUAUGCUUGGUUUGACGGCUCAUGAUUUAAGUAGCGAUGGAGAGAUCAGAAAAAUGUUAGCGAGAGCUUCAAGGUCCUGCAAUCCUAAUUCAACUACUGAUCUGGCAACAUUUAUAACAACCAAAGGGCUCCCUAAUUUAUGUAAUAUUAAAAGAUUGAAGUCUAACGAUAUUCGAAACACUGUACUAGUGGUAGCUACUCUUGUUGCAACAGCCACCUACCAAGUUUCAGUGACACCCCCCACUGGAAUAUUCAUGGCCGACGGCGCAUUUGCAGCCUCAACUGAGCUUAUUUUUCUCACCCUCGAAAUUGGCCUACACUUUUUGGUGCUCCGACUAUCCCUUUUUUCCCUUAUCUUGAGCUAUAUACUCACUGUGCUCUCCACAACACCGAAAACUCCGGCUGCUUAUGUUACAGUCCCGUUUCCAUUCCUUGCAUAUAUUGUGAGCACAUAUGUUAACUGUCGUGAGAUGAUCAUCUUCACCAGGAUGCCCAUUGGCAGGUCCUCGUCAGUAGCAGGAUUAUCAGUUGUUCGUGCAAACCAGAGACUUGGCAUCAUCACUUUUCCAGUGUCAUCGACGUAUGAUUUUACCUUCUGA